AGAUUUGGUUUCAUAGAGGUGUACUUCUUAUUGAUUCAUUUCUCUUAUGACUAAGAUCAUUUGGUUUGUUAGAAUCAGUUGAUUGGCAGAUGAAGAAUUAAUACUUGUGGCGACAAAUAAUAAGGGAAAUUUGUUAAUCUAAGUUAACUCAUAUCGAAGAUCGAAAAUUUAACGCUUAUGGGUGUCUACGAAGUUAUGUUCUCUUAAAGUCUCUUCAAAUUCAGAUGUUAAAGACACAUGUCUAUAGAUAUAUCUGGAUAUAAAUGAGUCAACAACUUCUUGAUACUACUAUAAAAUCACGAAAACCUAAAAAUUCUGCAUUUUUCCAACAAAAACUACCAGCAUGGCAACCAAUGUUUACGGCAAAAAAAUCUGGCAUUAUGUUUAUUGUAUUUGGAGUAAUACUGCUACCAAUCGGUGUUGUAUUGCUAUUAACCUCAAAUAAUGUUAUUGAAUAUUAUGUCGAUUAUACAGAUUGUACUCAAACAGGUUCACAAGUCCUGUGCUCCAACGUGGCUGUUUCUGGAAAUUCAUGUGUUUGUUCUCAAGAAGUAUCGAUUAAAACAUUUAUUCCUGGACCUGUUUUUGUCUAUUAUAGUUUAAGUAAUUUUUAUCAAAAUCAUCGAAGAUAUGCACGAUCUAAAAAUGAUGACCAAUUGCUUGGUAGUUAUCAAGAUCCAAGUUCUUUAUCUUCUUGUGCGCCGUAUUCAUCAAUCGAUGGUAAAGCAAUACUUCCGUGUGGUGCAGUUGCAAAUAGUAUAUUUAAUGAUACUUUCACUAUAAAAUAUAUACGUGAGGAUAAAACAGAAGUUGCUGUUGAUACUUUAAAAACUGGUAUCGCUUGGCCAUCUGAUAUAGCGAAGAAAUAUGGUGUUCUGGAUAGUAGAGCUCUCAAUAAUACAGUGAAACCACCCAAUUGGCCUGUACCAAUCCAGCAGAGAUCGUCAAAGCCAUUUCCAACAGAUGAAGAUUUAAUUGUCUGGAUGAGAAUAGCUGCUUUACCAUUCUUCCGCAAAUUGUACGGUCGUGUAUCACACACAAGUGAUUUUACAGAUGGUAUGCCUCCAGGAACUUACGAAAUUACAAUUCGUUAUUCCUAUCCAGUUGUCUCAUUCAAUGGUCGAAAAGCAAUUAUUAUAGCUAAUACAAGCUGGUUAGGUGCAAAAAAUCCCAGUCUUGGAAUAGCUUGUCUCAUCACUGGUUGUAUACACCUGUGCAUUGGGAUAUUCUUCUUGGUGGGGCAUUUCUUUUGGACCAAACAGAAGGCACAACAUAGCCCACCAGUUCUGUCCUAAUCACCCAUAAGGACAAUAGACCACAAACAAAAAAACAAAUAAAAGCCACCAAUAACAUUACUCAUUAUCACUAUUAUUAUUAUUAACUAAAUACCACAUAUUGUUCACGGAAUAAUACAAACAAAUCAUCGAUUUUUUCCAGAGAUAAAUAGCAUUCCUGUUUUGUUUUCCUCUCUAACCCCGCCCCAACCCACCCACCUAAUCUAUCCUCACAACACUAAAGUAAAAUUCUCACUUGUAUGAAGGAGAAUCUCAUGUUAAAAUUAUGUUAUUUCCAGUAAUAAACAAGCAUAACUCCACUACCACCUCCAUUGAGUUGAACUCACUGUUUGCUGGUUUUUGCCUAUCCUAUCGUCUAUUCUCUCUCUCUCUCUCUCUCUCUCUCUCUAUAUAUAUAUAUAUAUCCACUGAUAUUACCUUAUCUAUCGUGCAUAUCAUUUAUUUUUAUUUAUAUUGGACUAUCCCUUCUUUUCUCUCUUGUAUUCUUGUUCUUAUUUUAUUUAAUCAAUAAAUAUUGAUUAAAACGCCAUGUGGUAUUUAAUGUUGAAUAUUGAGAUUGUAAAUAUAUGUAGACGACUUUAUUAUAUAGUGCGCCAAAUUUGUAUUCUCCUCAUUAUUGUUAUUAUUAUUUAUUAUGAUUUGAUAUUUAUGCAGACAAAUGCGCUUGUGUCCUACAGUGGCGUGAUUUUGGAAUUUUAAAGUAUUCCUACCACCACUACUACUAAUAUUACCAUUUUUUUAUUGAUAAUUUCAAAGUUUUUGGAAAUGAUUUCUGGUCAUUUGUCUUAUUUUAUUUUUGUUUUAUUCUAUUAAUUAUAAUUCAGUACGACUAA